GUUAUCGUCUUUUGGGGAGUUCAAUAAAUUUGAGGCCUUUUUGGGGUUUUAAUAGCAGAAGUAGCGAUCUGGGAUUUCUUUUUACUUUACUGGGUUGGGUGGAAAAUGGCGAGUGGAGGAGGAUAUGGAGACUCGAACCAGAAGAUAGACUAUGUGUUCAAGGUGGUGCUGAUAGGGGACUCUGCAGUGGGCAAGUCUCAGAUUCUGGCCAGGUUUGCUAGAAACGAGUUUAGCUUGGAUUCUAAGGCCACCAUCGGCGUUGAGUUUCAGACCAGGACCCUUGUCAUCGAGCACAAGAGUGUUAAAGCUCAGAUCUGGGACACUGCUGGCCAAGAACGAUAUAGAGCAGUUACAAGUGCAUACUACAGGGGCGCUGUUGGGGCAAUGCUUGUCUAUGAUAUAACCAAACGCCAGAGCUUUGAUCACAUACCCCGUUGGUUGGAAGAGUUGCGUAGCCACGCAGACAAGAAUAUUGUCAUUAUUCUGAUAGGCAACAAAAGUGAUCUCGAGAACCAGCGUGCAGUCCCCACUGAAGAUGCCAAAGAGUUUGCUCAAAAGGAAGGACUUUUUUUCUUGGAGACCUCAGCACUGGAAUCAACAAACGUGGAGUCUGCUUUCUUGACUGUGUUGACAGAGAUAUUCAACAUUGUUAACAAGAAGAGCCUGGCUGCCAUAGAAAAUCAAGCUAAUGGCAACCCUGCAUCUCUGUCUGGUAAGAAGAUCGUCAUCCCAGGCCCUGCACAAGAAAUCCCAGCUAAGAGCAAGGUGUGCUGUACAUCGUGAUUUCAUUGGAUCGUUGAUUUCUGAACCCGGAUGCUCUCUUCUACGUUCUUAAUACUAGCAAAUUUUGAGGGGUGUUAUAUAUUUCCU